AUGGCUCUUGCGCUGCUCAAGAUUCCCAUGCUGUUCGUCGCCGCGGCCGCAAUCCAUGUCUCCAGCGCGGCACCCAACCCUUCUCCAUCGCGUCAGGAACGAAACAGGUUCAGGACUGUGGCCGCAUCGUCGACAGCCUUUCGCGCAAGUGCGGCCAUCCCGGCGCUUAUUCAGUUUACCAUCUGGAUGUUGACAAUAUGCGAGAGCACGGUUAUCAUCGCGAGUCACUAUCCAGGCGUGUUUUCCCGUCGCAUUCUCACCCUCUUGACGUUCGGAGCCCGCGCGUCCCCGUCCGCCAUCACCCUCACCUCCCCAUUCCUCAUCGGAUUCAUGCUCGAGACCGCCGGUAGCGCGAUUCGCAUAGGCUGCUUCUGGCACCUCGGCCAACUCUUUUCCUUCCAGACAGCCAUUCGCAAGGAGCACGCCCUGAUCACCGACGGUCCGUACACGGUCGUGCGCCACCCCGCCUACGCCGGCAGUCUCCUCCGAACAGCGGGCAUCCUCCUCUGUCAGCUCGGGCGCGGCUCGUGGUUGUCCGAGAGCAGAGCCAGGUACACGCCGCAGGGAUGCAUCUGCGUCCUGGCGGGUGUCGUGUACAUGGCAGCGUUGUUGGCGACCGUGGCCGUCCAUUCCGGGCUGGAGGACCGCGAGUUGAAAGAAAAGUUUGGAAAAGAGUGGGAAGAGUGGGCGGAAAAAACAUCGAGCAAGCUCUUCCUUGGCCUGUACUAG